CAGAGGAAGUACAGUAAACUGCUUCAAGGGCUACGGCGCGCGUUCUGGGUGCUGCAGAGCGCGCGUUCAGGGUUCCCUCGGCACUGUAUUAGUAAUCAGUAUUGCAGGUUGUGACAUCUGGGAGGCGACAUUGAGUCUAACUUCAUGAAAAAACAACAUUUUUACCUUCUUUUCCUUUUACCCAAAAUGCUCGAGUACGUUUGAGUGACCAUGGACCGCGUUUGCUGUCAUGUAAUAGUACAAUAAUACGGCGAGGAAAACAGGGGGGGAACGAUACUUUUGUCGGAAUUAAAGGAUCUACAAUUCGAAACAUGGCUGUGAGGGAAGAAGGAGAGGUACUGCACAGUAAAAUCAAACACCACGACGGUGUUGGUAAUGCAAACAGCACAGAAAGCUUCAGAAACGGCUAUGUGAAGAGCUGCGUCACCCCUUUAAAACAAGACCACCAAAGGGGCUUUUUAUUUAACGUCUGCAGGUUUUGCAAUGCGGAUUUAAUAGGUUCAAGACGAUUUCGGGCUUCGGCUCUUUACUUUGGUGCAAUCGCAGUUUUUGCAGCUUCGCUACUGAUUUCCAGGAGCCUGCAAAGUGGACCGAGCUCUUCGCUUCUGCGGACUUUGCAGUCAUUUUUGCUGGUCUUCUCACAAUCCGUCAGUCCCCUCUUUAGCAUAGGCUGUGCAUUCUUCUUUUUAACGUUUUACCUGCGGAGGAAGAAGAGGGAAAGUUACAGAUGUUGGCUGGUAUCGCUACCAGCAUCAUGCUACUUGGGGGAUUUCUUGGUCUUGCAGUUUUUGCAUUGGGAAGACAAUCAGCAUCAGAUGCAAAUGGUGGGCAGAUUGCUCUUUGUGCUGGGCUGUGUGGGCAUACUGACACUGAUCCCCACUUUGAAACUCAGAUACAGUGUUCUGAUCUUGGUUUUUGCCAGUCUGGUCUGGCUCGUUUCCUUCACUAGCCUCGAAUGCCUGCCCAAGCCUCUGAGACCCCUUCUGGCUUGUCUCGCAGGGGUUUCGGGCUCUCUCCUGGCACUCUGUUUCGAUCAUUAUUACCUACCACGGGAAGCGCCACACAGGAUCGCUAACGCUGAGGAGAAAGUACCCGUGAUCAGACCUAGGAGAAGGUCCAGUUGUGUGUCUUUGGGAGAAACCUCAACAAGUUAUUAUGGCAGUUGUAAAAUGCCCAGGAGACCUUCAUUGCCUUGUAUUUCCAGGGAACAGAUGAUUCUUUGGGACUGGGACCUGAAGCAAUGGUACAAACCCCAGUAUCAGGGUGCUGCAAGUGGGAACGGCGUGGACCUUUCCGUCAUCAACGAAGCUCGUAACAUGGUUUCCGACUUGCUGGCGGACUCCUCCCUGUCUCCUCAAGUCAUCGCCUCCCUGCGCAGCAUCAGCAGCCUGAUGGGAACCUUCUCGGGGUCGUGCCGGCCUCGGGUUAACCCUUUCACUCCUUUUCCUGGGUUCUACCCCUGCACCGAGAUGGAGGACCCUACAGAGAAAGGAGAGAGAAAGCCCCAUAAGGGAAUGAACAGCAGGAAUAGCCUACCCACCCAACAGCUACGACGAAGCUCAACAUCAUCUUCUACACUUCCGUCUCUGGAGGCUGCUCGUUGGGAGCGCACUAAUGGAAAACGACCUCAUCAGGAAUUUAGCGCUAUGAGCCCAGGGCCCCAGCCAAAUGGACCUUCCAAUGCAAACCUCUUGACAAUCCCGAAGCAAAGGUCUUCGUCUGUGACACUGACGCAUCACGUAACAAGACGAGCAGGCACGUCCCCCAGUCUGAGUCCAGUGAACUCUCCAAGCCACAGCCCAACCGGUGGCAGUGGGUCUCUGGUGACACGUUCCCCAGUUGAGUUCCCAGACACUGCUGAUUUCCUCACCAAACCCAGCGUCAACCUGCAUAAACCCCUAGGAUACGCACUCAGCUCUCCGGACUUCCAGCAACAGUUCAGGACUUCAAGCAUUCCUCUCUGCACAAGUUGUGGACGUCAGAUGCUGAAAACAGUUCCCAGUGCAGAGUCAGGGGAGGCUAAUUUACUGUCUGCCACUGAGACGCAGCGCAAGAGAUCAGGUGAAGGAACAGAAAGUCCAUGUGACAGCUCUCAGAUAAAGGAAGCAUACGAAAAAGCAGAAACACAAUGUGAAAAGUACCCAGACAUCAGAGAGUCCGAUAACGAGAGCCAAACGGAUACAGAACAACAACAGUGUCAGACACACACGAGUCAGGAGACUGAGAGCAACCAAGACUUCAUAUUGGACCCACUGCUACAGGAUCAUGAAGUUCUUAUGGAGAGAAUCAACAACUGGAACUUUCCUAUCUUCGAUCUGGUUGACAAAACAGGAGGAAAAUCGGGAAGAAUACUGAGUUUUGUUAGUUACACCUUAUUCCAAGACACUGGUUUAUUUGAAAUUUUCAAAAUACCAGUCCGGGAAUUCAUGUCGUACUUCUGUGCACUGGAGAAUGGCUACCGGGACAUUCCCUAUCACAAUCGUAUUCACGCCACGGAUGUCCUUCAUGCUGUCUGGUAUCUGACCACAAGGCCGAUCCCUGGAUUCCAACAAAUCCACAAUGAUCACAUCACUGGGAGUGACACAGAUUCGGACAGUGGGAUCUCACCAGGCAGGGUGGCCUAUGCCUCCUCAAAAAGCUGUGUGAUAACAGAUGACAGCUAUGGGUGUUUAUCUUGGAACAUCCCGGCCCUUGAGCUCAUGGCGCUAUAUGUAGCAGCUGCGAUGCAUGAUUACGAUCACCCUGGUCGGACAAAUGCUUUCCUUGUAGCCACUAAUGCACCCCAGGCUGUGCUGUACAAUGACAGAUCAGUCCUGGAAAACCAUCACGCAGCGUCUGCCUGGAGUCUCUACUUGUCCCAGCCAGAGUUCAACUUUCUGGUUCACCUGGACCAUGUGGAGUUCAAGCGCUUUCGUUUCCUUGUGAUUGAAGCUAUCUUAGCCACAGACCUCAAGAAGCAUUUUGAUUUUCUGGCAGAGUUCAAUACUAAGGUCAAUGAUGUUAACAGUCCAGGCAUAGACUGGACUAAUGAAAAUGACCGCCUGUUGGUCUGUCAAGUGUGCAUUAAGCUGGCAGAUAUCAAUGGUCCCGCUAAAGGUCGAGAAUUACACUUGAAAUGGACGGAAGGCAUUGUCAAUGAAUUUUAUGAGCAGGGAGAUGAAGAGGCGAGCCUCGGCUUACCCAUCAGCCCCUUCAUGGACCGCUCAUCGCCUCAGCUGGCAAAACUGCAGGAGUCUUUCAUCACUCACAUCGUGGGGCCCCUCUGCAACUCCUAUGACGCUGCAGGACUCCUACCCGGUCAUUGGAUUGAUGAAGAAUCUUCUGAAGAUGUCGAAGAUGGGGAAGAAAGUGAAACGGAAGAUGAUGACCUCGAGGAGGACAUAGAACCAAAAAGGAGAAAGACCAGGAGACGGCUGUUCUGCAACAUCAUGCACCACUUGACUGAAAAUCACAAGGUGUGGAAAAAAACUAUCGAGGAGGAAGAGAAGAGCAAAGUGGAACUGAGCAAACAGCAGAUAGAGAACUCAUCUUUACCUCAGACAUCUGACGAGAUUCAGGUGAUAGAGGAGGAGACAGAGGAGGAGGAGAGGCAGUAGGCCACAGUGGAGGAGAAGUGGCCCCUCCUGCCCCGCAGGAUAUGACACACACUGAAUUGUCACUGUGCCGACACCAGACACUGAUGCGUUUCACGUCACAUUGAAAAGGCCUUAAUACUGUGAGCGGAUUCUCACUGAACCAGUGGGAGACCCACUCCUUUGCACUUUCGCCCCAUGGAAAUAAAGAGAAAACUUACUUCAGAAAAUAAAACAAGCAUAUGUAACAGGAAGUAAGGGUAGGAAUGCCUUCAACAAAAAUAACGUUAUCUAGCUGUGAUGCUGCCUUGUUGAACACUGAACACUUACUUUCCAUGAGGUACUUAAAAUAUAAUUUAAAACAAUGAAGCCCUUCAAACUAUUGACACCAGUUACCAAAGUGAACAGUUCAAGUAUGGAAAUGUAGGUGAUUCUGAGACUCAUUCAGACUCACCAUCAUUUAAAAAAAAAAAAAGAAAAUGUGCCUGUCUGAACCUAGCACUGAGCGCUGCAGUGCGGACUGAAUAUGAAGAAAAAAAACUGUAACUGCACAGUUUUACCCUGAACACUGAGGACUGGGAAAAGUGGACAGUAUCAUUAGAACGUGUUCAAGUUCUGACGUUUUGACUGAAAACAAAAAAAAAAAAUCACCUGCAUCAUUUUUGAUGCCCUUUAUUGCUGUGUAUAAACUGCCUUGUUUGGGUUUUAUUUUCUGUUAUUGUUUUUUGUCCAGGAAUGCACAGCGGCCAAUCAACUUAAUCAACUUGGGAAUGUCUAUUGUUGUUUACCACAUAGCAUACGGCAUACAGAACAGGAAAACUGUUCCAACGAAGGGAUGUUUUUCCUUUUUUAUUUUAAUAUAUAUAUAUUUUUUCACUGUUACUCAGGAUUCACACUUAGAUUAAUAGUUAUUUUGCAAGAGUUCAGCUCAUGAAGUCAUAAUGAUUUCUAAUACUCUUGUAAGUAAAAACUAUGUAUAAUAAUAACCGUUUUUAUUCUUUGUACGGAAAAUUUGCACCAAACUUGUUUUACCUGUUCAAAUUCACCUUCAUUAAAUUAUUGAAUAAAUUCAGAGGUGGAUUUAACUCAUGUUGAUGCCGCCUCCCCAUCACCAAAAAAAAGAUUUAAGAGUUUUGUAUUUAUUUUUGGAGAGAACCCCUUAAACUCAAACACAGGGAUAUUACUGUAAGUGUUUUUAUGAUACAGUAAGUUGCAGAACGGCAAAAAUAAAAUCGUACAUUGAAUAAACAAGGUUGUUCAUGUAUUAGAAUAGGACCAGAGGUUUCCGUUGCCUUUCUGUAUUCAUUAUUUUAACAAACACUGUUAUAAACCCACUCAAUUGUUUAUCCUUCUACAAACAACAGUAUUUUCAUGAGAUGAUCAUUCUUUGCAAGACGUACACCAAGGCCGAUAAUUAUAUGAGUUAGCUCUCCACACUUUUCCCCAGAAAAAGUUUAAUAUGUGUGUGUUGUUACAUUUUCAUUUUAUAACGUAAUUUGAGUUUAGGAAUAAAAAUACUUUUAUUUUUCUGUAAGAUGAGAACUCUAGACAUUCCACAAAAACAGUAUAUUUAUUGAGACUUACAUUUGUGAAGGAGUUUGUAUUGUGAGACAUGCACAGCUCUUUCACAAUAGUUGAAUUUUAAUCCAGUCAUAAAAGUUCUCAUGCAAGUGGUGCAAAUUAAGCUAUUACAUGAAAAUGUGCACCUUUUACUAAAAAAAACAAACAAUUUUAGCAGUGUUUUAUUCUCUGCACAGAAAAUAUCUGCAUCGUUUUUUUUAAGUAGUCAACUGUAUCCAAACUCGUCUGUUUUAUACAUGUGGCUGAAAAAUAUUGUACAUAGAGAACCUGUAAUUAUCAUCCAGUUUCCAGAGUUUUUAUCUAAUACUAUUUACAGAUGUGAAAUCUGUGAGAAGAGCCAUGGGAACUGUUGUUUUUGUCUGGCUAAAGUGUCGUCAUGUUUCUAAUCAUAACCACUUGUCUCUACGUCUUCAAACACAACUGGUGCCAAACUCUGUUCCCCAUCGUGUCCCAUGCCGCCUUAAAGUGUCUCCAUGCUGCAUCUUGCAGUAAUAAAUGACUAUGAGGAUAAUAGAUAAACACUGACAAAAAAAAAAUCAGAAACAUGAAUUAAGUGCAAUCAGAAAAUGAAUUGACAUAAAACAAUCUAUUUGCUUAUUCAGCAUAGCAGGUUGCAGUUUCUGAAAGCUCCCCUGUGCCCUGUUUCUCAAUUCUUCUGCUCAUUAUAUUGUAAGCCUAAUUGUUUAUUGACUUAUCACUGUGCACCAUCAUAUACCACAGUCUUCUCGGAUGUUCUUGUCAUAAAUACAUUUAUGAAUGGUUGUCACCUUUAUGUAGCACCGUUAUGUAUGUAUGUAACCAUUCGAUCCUAUUGAAGUGGGGAAAACCAUUUUUAGAGUUUUAUUGUUAUUUAAAGAUGUUAUAAAACACAACCCCUACAAUACUUUCUCAGAGGACAGUUCUUUUUGAUCCACAGCUAAACGUUUUUUUUUUCCCUUGUUGACUUACUAUACAAGCGUGUGGAUGCGUGUGUACCAAUGGCUGUGUGACCGGUAGGUUAAACUCUCCUGCUUUUACUAAAUUUAAUUAAUCUGUAUCCCACAACACCCUGACAAACAGGUGAUAGCUAAAUAAUGGGAUCACCCAAAAUACUCAUCUAAAGAGUCCAGAGUGCCUAAUUGUAGAGCAUCAGAAACUUACAAGUACACUGAUGGAAGCACUGGGAGUCAUUUACAAGUGGAUGACAAAUCCAAUAUAACUAUUGCUCCAGUCCCAGGGUACAGUGUGAACUUCAGUGUGAGUAACAGAACUUAUGGAAACUUCACCGUUAACUUGUCCAUAAGAUGUGUACAGAAUAAGUCUUUCAAAGUCCCUGCUUGUGUAGAAAGUCUCGUCAUUUCCAUAACCUGUAACAAAUGGGCCAUUGUAACAUUUUACAAACCAAGAAGACUGUUCAUGUCACCACUGCGAGACCUGCGACUGCACUGAUAUUUCAAUUGACGUGGUUUUUUUUCGCUCAUCAUUUUACAGCCAGGUUCGUGUGGAGAGGAAAUGUAUCCAUUGCCUGGGUGUUGUGGUUUUUGUAUUUAUGUUCACACAAAGAUUUCAUUCAGAAGAGCCAGAAAUAUAAAAACAUAAUAACACUCUACUGAUUUUCCAUUCAUGCAAUAAUUGAAAAUACACUGAUCCCUGUACCUGCUGUAUUAUUUAAUCUGACAAUUGUGUUUAUUUUCAUUUUGACACCAGGAAAGUCGGCAAAGAUACACUCACAGGUAUUCUUUAUUAUUGAUGUUGUCUAGUCUAAUGACAAUUCCCACCCUCAAAGAUUAAAUUCAUGAUGUUGCUAUGGUUCCCAUGACUUGGAUUCAAAAUACCAAAAGCUGUAAGUUUCUGAAUUAUCAAAUGAUUUAGAAACUAAAAACAUUUUCAGGAUCUUUUGAAAGUUCCAUUUUGCAGGCUGAACUUUGAAAUUAGAUGUGAAAAUGAAUGAAGACCGGUCUACUUUGCAAGACCCCUUAUAGCAAUAAUUUCCACACUUUUUUUAAGUUGUUCAAAAUGAGAGAAAAAAUGUUUGUUAUAGUUUUGACUAAACUUUCAUCUUCACCUACUGUAUGUGUAAGAUUUUUCAUGAAAAUUUAAUUUCAGAAGGAUAAAUAUUA